CCGUUAUGUCUGUGAGCCUGCUCCCCCUCUCGCCAUGCCCGCUGCUGAACGCCACUUGCCGCCGCUGCUCCUCUUUCUGCCGUCGUUGCUUUUGAUUUCCUGCCUGGAUGGGGCGGCGAGAGCAGCGGAGGAGGGCGGCGGCCUGCCCUCGUCCUCGCCCGGGGACAAUGGAGUCAUCGCCGCGGCGGGGGACCCAUCUGCCACAGACCCGACCGCCCCGGGGCGAUUUCUCAGCCCCUCGCCUCUGAUCGCAGAGCCCCAGUUCGCCCUAAAAGUCCUGGUGAGGGAUCUGGUGACCCGUCAGCCGCUGUCGGGGGCUUCGGUCGAUGUUUACGUCAACCACACCCUGAGGAGCUCUGCCCGAACAGGGGGGAGAGGUGAGGUUCUGCUCCGGGUGGCGUACAGUCCAGGCCUCAGUCUGACCCUGCUGGGCAACAUGGAAGGCUACGUCCCCAGCCCCCUGCCGUGGAGCACCGCCAAGAGACCGAUUUUCUCUGCUGUGACGUUGCUGCUGCUCCCUCACAGUCAGGGGAACGUCUGGCUGUUUGAAGACUCAGUACUCAUCACCAGGAAGUUACCUGACAGUUCAUCCCAGCCUAAAGUUAAAUUCCCCAAGAAUCUCCUCACGAUCUCUGAUAAGAGCAACAUCUCCUCGGUGACAGCGUACCUGACUGUACCACAGCACCAUCUAGCUAAAGACUGUGCCAACUGCACUCCAGGCAUCAUCAGCAAAAAAUCUGUGUUCAGAAGCAUCGAGCUCAAGGCAGUGGCAGCCGUCAGUGUCCUGCUGUACUCGGGUGAUGAAGAGCUCCAGGUUCGAGGUCCCAUUCACAUCAGCCUGCCCCUGGGACACGACACCCAUCUCCGGGCUUCUGAUACUGUGCCCGCCUGGGCCUUCAACCUAAAGACUGGUGCCUGGGAGAAUCAGGGUCUUGGAAUAGUGAAAACUGUGCGUGAAGAACUGGUUUGGACCUACACUGCUUCCCAUCUGGGCUACUGGAUCGCUGCACCUCUGCCCUCUUCAAAUGAUUAUCUGGGACAUGGAAGCACGAUGGAUUUCAUAUCAUACCACACCUACCUGUUGAUUGGAAUACUGGGAGGAACACUGGCUAUAGUAAUCGGAUUUCUUUCCCUGUUGCUGUGUCACUGCGGAGGUUCUAAUCGGGAGCCCAGGAGGAGGAAGGCACGCUUUUCCAAACUCACGGUGGUGAAAAAAGACCAAACCACCUCCACCCAUAUAGAGGAGGGUUUGUUGUUCCGAUCUGGCGACAGCAGCCAUGUCUCCUGCAGCGUGCAGUGCGAACCCUCAUCCACGCCGAGGCACAAAGCCAACUACAAUAUCUACGUGGAGGAUCCAGGAAGUCGCCCGGCGGCUCCUCUUUAUGAAAACAUUGGUUCAGAUCGGAUCAAAGGUCCCCAGUCGCCACCUCACUACAUCAACAGUGAAGAGGUAGCUCGGCUUCGGGAGAAGUCAGAGCAGAACCGGGCCAACAUGAACUCUGACAACUUCUUUCAAGAUAAGUUGGUUCAUAUCUAUAACCAGCCGGUGGCCAUUAUUCAGGCCCCUGAGCUUUUCAGUGCGCAGGAGCAGCAACUGUCAGGCUGCAAGUCUGCCACUUUCCCCCGCAAUGGAGUUGAGUAUGAUGCGCAUUCAGACCCUGCAAAUAAAGACAGCUACACCCAGACACUACCCAAAGUCCCUCACCACCACUCCCAGGGUGGAAGCAGCCCACAGCAGAGCAGCCAAGAUGAGCCCCAGCCUCUGGAGACUCCUCCCCAAGGCCAAGGCCCAAACGCUGGUGUGUGGGGACGCUACAGUAACCUCCUCGAAUCCUCCGUCUCUGUGCCUGGGACUCUAAACGAGGCAGCUGGUAUGGAGGCCUUCAGCAGUGGGCAUGGUGUGCCCAGUGAGCUGCAGGGGAUCUCAGAGCGCACAUUACUGGAGCUGACCAGGGGCAAGUCCUCAUCAUCUCACCCCAGGGCCUGGUUUGUAUCUUUAGACGGGAAGCCAGCCGCACAGGUUCGCCACUCCAUCAUCGAGCUCCAGAGCCGCCACCGCCCGCCGAGCAGCAACGACACCAGCCUAGACUCAGGGGUGGACAUGAAUGAGCCUCAGCAGAACAUCCGUGAGACAGAGCGCGACAGGCCUUCGAUCAGGGCCUCCUCCUUGCCACACCACAGCCGAGGAGGGCGGUAUGGCGAAGAACAGGACCUGAGCAGUAGUGAGAGUGGCACCACUGCUACCUGUACGCCGGAGGACCCUUCCUUGAGGAACAUUUUAGACGGGAGCAGUGGGGCUAUUCCCAAUAUUCCCGAGGAGCGCGACGGGAUGGAUACUUCCAGCGCUCAGGAGGACAGUGAAUCAAGAGGUACGCCGCCUCCACGGCGCCUGAGGAAGGUAAGGGAGAAGGGGAAGACAGAAAAGAGGAGUGCCAAGCACGUCCGCGAGGGGAGACCUCUGACCAAGCGAAGUUAGAGCAUGGCUCAUGAUCACAUACAUCCAGACAAGCAUUUUAAUUUUCAUUUAAAUGUCCUAUUGCCAAUUUAACCCAUAUUGAGCUAUUGCAUGGUGUCAUAUGAGCUGGGUGAUCCAAACUAGUUCUUACAACAUGUGCUCACAUAGGCAUUGUUGUUGUUGAGUUAUGUGAUUGUACAACUUUGCCAAAGAAUGCAUAAGCUAGCUAAAGAAAUACAGCAGGAUCUAUGUCAUGUUGAAGCAUUAUGUAGCUGUUGUUAGAAAAAUUUGUGCACAAUGUUUUCCUCAUCCUCCCGAAUCCGAAGAUCACCAGCAAGAUUCUUCACAGCAAAAUGUCCGUGUGAACACGGUAUCCCAUAGUCCAUAGGUACUGGCAUUAAAGAGGGUGCCUUCUUACUGCCUGUAAUCAUUAAUUAUGAUUAUAUAAAGGCACAGUAUUUGUCUAUAUUUAGUAAAAAUCUGGUGAGUUUGCAGGACAGACACAGAUACUGGUCAAUGUGUAGUGCACUUAUCCUC